UCGCGACGUGUAGGUUGUGCUUCGCAAUAAGGCGAUUUUGUCUCGUGCAUUUGAGUAACGCAAAAAGUGAAUAUUAUGCUAAAUAUAUCGCUGAAAACGUGCCGAAAACAGUGAUUAGGGGCAUAUUUAGUGAAAAAUAACUCAAGCAAAGGACAUCUGUCUAAGUUCACAUCCUAAUAGUUGAAAAUAACCCGAGAAACCAUGGUAGCAGAAGUAGUUGUAGAAGAGCAAGAGCAAUCUAAGAAAGCUGCCAAGAAGGCUGCGAAAGAUGCGGCCAAGGCUGCCAAGAAAGCUGAGCACAAAGCGGCUUCAGCCGCCGAGAAGGGCCAGCAGGAGACUAGCGGUGCUGAGGCAAAGGAUUACUCCGAAGGGCUGUACGGGAUCACCAAAAUGAUUCAAAGUACGGCCAAACAUUCCGAACGUAUCUUCACUGCGGUGCAUGAGUUGUCCAACAGCGCAAAAGAUUCCCAGGUGUGGGUGCGUGGUCGAGUGCAUACAUCACGUAGCAAAGGCAAACAAUGUUUCCUGGUGCUUCGACAGCAAAGCAGCACCGUGCAGUGUGUGGUUGCUGUGAACGACGACAGCGUAUCGAAGCAGAUGGUGAAAUUCUCCGGCAGCGUUCCGCGUGAAAGUAUAGUCGAUAUUAAAGCGAAGGUAGUUCCCGUUGCAAGCAAGAUCGAAUCCUGCACCGAACAAAAUCUGGAACUGCAUGUGGCGGAGAUAUAUCUGGUUUCGUCGGCAAAGGCUCAGCUGCCGUUGCAAAUCGAGGACGCUGCGCGUCCGGAGAAAUCAGACGAUCCAGAAGCGUUGAAAAUUCGCGUCAAUCAGGAUACCAGGUUGGACAACCGCGUGUUGGAUCUAAGGACACCAGCCAAUCAGGCUAUUUUCCGCCUGGAGGCGGGAGUGUGUAAACUGUUUCGUGACAUUCUAGCGCAGCAGGGUUUCACGGAAAUUCACACGCCCAAAAUUAUCUCGGCGGCCAGCGAAGGUGGAGCGAACGUGUUCACGGUCAGCUACUUUAAAGAUUCUGCAUAUUUGGCUCAAUCCCCUCAGCUGUACAAGCAAAUGGCAAUUGCGGCUGAUUUCGAUAAAGUUUUCACUGUCGGUGCCGUGUUUCGUGCGGAGGACUCCAACACGCAUAGACAUUUGACCGAAUUUGUGGGACUCGAUUUGGAAAUGGCGUUUAAGUAUCAUUACCAUGAGGUGUUGGAUACGAUUGGCAAUACCUUCACCGCGAUGUUCCGAGGUCUUCGCGACAACUACGCUCGUGAAAUCACUGCAGUCGGACAGCAGUUUAAUGUGGAACCGUUUAAGUUCCUGGAACCUCCACUGAGGUUGGAAUUCGCUCAAGCUGUCCAAAUGCUGCGUGAAGCCGGUGUAGAGAUGGACGACGAAGAAGAUCUUUCGACACCAAGCGAGAAGCUACUGGGUCGAUUGGUGAAAGCAAAGUACGACACUGACUUCUACAUUCUGGACAAAUUCCCGCUAGCGGUGAGACCAUUCUACACUAUGCCAGAUCCAAACAAUUCCAAGUACUCGAACUCGUACGAUAUGUUUAUGCGAGGAGAGGAAAUUCUGUCCGGUGCGCAACGUAUCCACGACCCGGACUACCUAGUGGAAAGAGCGAAGCUCCACGCAAUUGAUAUAUCCAAGAUUGCUGCCUACAUCGAAGCGUUCCGCUUCGGGUGCCCUCCCCAUGCCGGUGGUGGAAUAGGGAUGGAACGUGUUGUUAUGCUGUACCUGGGACUUGACAAUAUUCGAAAAACGUCAAUGUUCCCACGCGACCCCAAGAGACUUACGCCUUAGUUAGACUGCGCGAUAAAGUUCGGCUUCGUAAAAUGAUUUGUCAAUUUCAUUCAGUUCUAUUCGUUGUUGCUCUCAUUCCCUCCACAGUCCAUUUGAACGUUGUUCUUUUCCCACGCCUUUCACAGGCAUCAAUUUUUCAGUUUAAUGUACGGAACUACUACAGUUGGAACAGUUUAUUUCCUGCGCGAGCGCACACAUAAAGUACUAUUGCAAACCUUUAAUAGAAAGACAGAGGGAAUUAAAACUUUUGAAUCAAUCGAAAAAGAGUAAAUUUUUUGAAAAAGAAGUUAAAGUUGAAGUCAAAAAUUCGUGAUAAACGCACUGACGAUUUGUAUACAGUGGGGAAGUAUUUGGGAUUGGUUGAAAUACUUAAGCGGACCCCGAAUUCGGUGUUUUUGCUAUGGCCUGGAAGAAGCUGAUGCAUGAAAGAAUACGUUCGGUUUUGUGCGAAAUGGCAGUAAGUCUGAGUAAUAAA